AAAACUUUGUUCCUACUUAGUGAACAGUUCAAGGCAAUGAGAGUUUACUUUAGCGACCCAGUCCUAGAAGCUUGCUUCUGAUUGGCCAGAAAACCUUUUCUGGCCAAUGAGAAGCAAGGAAGCCAGAUGUGUCUGGAACUGGUUUGCUAAAAGUAAAUGCGUAGAGCCCUUGGGCUUCUCCCGUAAAUACCUCGCGCCGUUGGCAUGGCUUCCCCUGGGUCUAAGCACUCGCUACAACAAGGAGCAACGACUCUAUUCCUAUAGCUUUACAAAACUCUCACGUUUCUUUUCGUAGAAAAUGUCUCGACCGAUGUUUUUGGUGAAAGCUCAUGGAAUUGCUCUGGUCAGCCUUCAGCUGGAUGGUCGAGCGAAUGCAACACGUCGUCAGGUUAGAGAUAAACUAACAUCAAAGCCAGGACUUCGAGCCUGGACUCGAGCUAGGACUUCGAGCCGGGACCUCGAGGCUGGAUUCGAGCCAGGACUCCAGUUAGGACUUUUCUAAUCUUUUUGUAAGCAAAGAAAUGAAGAAAUAAAAAUAAUUAAUAAACAAAACUAAAAUAAAAGCAACAAAAAGGAGUCCUAACCUAACUCGUAACCUCCUAACCCUAGCCCUAACCCUAACGGUAACCUAACCCCAACCCUAACCCUAACUUAACGCUAACUCUAACCUAAACCUAAUCCUAACCCUAACCCUAACUCGAUCUUCCCUUCCAUAAUUGUCACGAAAACCCUCCUCUUAAUGGUCAUGGGACUUGCAGGACGUAAAAAUGGAGGGAAAGCGAAAGAUUGUCGCGUCCUGAGUCGAGUCCUGGCUCAAAAUCCUGGCUCGAGUCCAGGCAUGAGUACUGGCUCGGUAUAUAGGCAUCCUCGUCAGGUUAUGGUAAAUACACAUGUUUAAUAAAGCCUAAGCGAGAAAAAGUAGUGUAAUAGGAAUGUGUUUGUCUAUUCGUAAAGUGGAUUCUCGAUUCUUGCUAUAACAAGGCACCAGGAGACUGACAAGGUCCGCUCAUUGUAACUGGAGAACGUUUUAUCGAAAACUUUUUUUUGUACAUUUUACACAUGUGAUUGAAGCGAAUAAUACCGUUCGUUUUACCGUUGUCUUUAUUAAUAAGGGUUCAUGUUAUUUCAAAGUUUCACUGAGUGAAACAAAAUAAUGAAAGUUGCCCUAAUGUAACUUUUUUAAAUUUAGAUUCAAAUCCAGCUUUUUUAAUCGUUGGAACAGAAGAUGUUCUUCUCAAAAUUGACCUGCGAAACACAUCAAGGAGAACGAACCUUCAAGUCAAGAACGUAGUGUCACUGGACUUUAGUUCCGAUGAAAACAUGGUUUACUGGUCAAACAAGAAAGAGAUAAAUCAGCUCUCUCUACAAACCGGCAUCAGUGAGGUCAUACCUUUUCAUCACAAUGACGGCAGCUCUGUGCCAUUCCCAGAAGGCCUUGCAGUUGAUUGGAUAAGUGAUAAAUUGUACUGGACUGAUGCCAAGCGAGACGCCAUUUACGUGGGAAAUUUGCGCAACGGCAGAAAAGUGACAAUUAUCAAAGGAAAGCUUGAUUCACCAAAGGCCAUAGUCGUCAGUCCUUCAAGCGGGUUAGUUAAACAGAUGACCAUAGAAUUGUGCCCAACAGAACGAAAUUUGAUUCCCAAUUUUUUUUUUUCAAAUAUUACAGCAACACAGUAACAUAGUUGUUGGGAAUGGUACUGCCCUUGCUACGACAUGCACAAAUGGUUAGAUUCCCGAAGUAGCCUUUUUGGGGGAAAAAAUUCCAAGGCUCCUUCGCACUACACUCUCACUUAUCUGACUCUUGUGGGAACUUAGAAGCAGGGAGCUUAAGCAACGAAGACGACGACGGCAGUGAAAACGUCGCUAAAAAUUAAUUUGCGUCUUUUUAAAAUUUAUGGCGUCUAUUUGGACCCACUCAAUAUCUCAAAUGCAGGCGUUUUUCUAUGGAGUUGAAUCCUUAAGGACUUUAUCCAAGUUAAAAAGAGAAGGGAAAAUUCGUCUAAAUAUGCUCACGUCCUCCAUAAAACGUCACAUUUGGAGGUUUCACGUUGUAGUCGUGCAGUAGACGUCAAAGAAAUGUACUUAGAGUCCCGCUCAUGUCCAUUCUUAUUGUGCACGUUGAUGUCAAGUAAUUAGUAUAGGUAAUCACAUGAUUUCCAGUGCAAUUUGGAAUAAAUAAGCUUUGGAAUAAAUAAAUAGUAUUAAUAAGUAAUCACAUGAUUUUUCUCGUGCAAUUUGGAAUAAGCGCUUGUAAAUUUUUCAAAGACCACCAAAAGUGCACGAGCCGGUAGGGUGAGUGCACUUUGUGGUCUUUGAAAAAUUUACAAGCGCUUAUUUAUUCCAAAUUGCACGAGAAAAAUCAUGUGAUUACUUAUUAAUAAUAUGCACGAAAAACAUAACUUCAACAACAAACUUUGACAGCGCGCACAUUUUUGGUUCAUUCAACUGAUUGGCUGAAACAUACUACUACCUUUGUGAAAUUCAAACUUUUUCAAGACCCUUUAAAAAUCAUUCAGCUAAGAACAUGAAAAUGUGCAAGGAUUGAUUUUACACCAGCCUGUUAAAGAUAACUUCGUUUACAAUAAUCAGCAAAAGUUAGUGUUUUUAGAAUCAUCAGUCCUCGAUUAUGAAAGCUCGGCGUUUAGAUACAAAAAGUAUACGGAAGGAAAAUAGAAGGAAACACUUCGAGCGGCCUAAGAUGAAAGACAGUAUAAAUUGCUGAUCGAGUUGUUUAAGAUGUUUAACAACUGUUCAUCAUUGUCUGUUCCUGAGACCCCAUUAUUGCUGGAUUCAUGAAGAAAUCUUUGAGGUUUAAAACCCGAAAAUGAAGGAGGCAAUUUGUUCUCUUUCGACGGUGCCAUCGAUGGGCGAGUGGAGCCACAGUUGCUUGGAUGUCGGAAAUAGCCAAUAUUUGUUUUUUUUUUUCUCAAAAUUUCAUUUGGAUUUGCAAGAGAGUUGUCGUCGCUCUUCUUCGUCGGCUUCAUCGUAGUCGUUGAGGAAAUUUAUACUUCUGUGGCCCGUGACUUUGGCGAUAUCUGAGCGUACAAUGUUUUCUUUCUUCAGCUUGGUUACUGUUGUUUUUCUUGCACUAUGAUUCGUAAACUUUUUUCUCACUUACCUCAAGGCUAGUACGAGCUAUGGGUUGUUUUCAUUAUGUUACUUAUCGUAUUUUCGCCCUUUGGUUUAAUUUGAACGAGAUAUUUGUCAUUAAAUUUACGGUUUCGUUUACUACUGUGGUAGAAAGAACCAGACCAUCGCACGUUUUCAUAGAGGUCUUCGCUCGACAAAAAAACUUAAAGAGAGCAACCGGACACCCUUCUCCUCCACAACAUACGUGGCUUGAAAUCCCUGUUAUUAUGAUGGAAAACUUGUAUCUUUGUUCAUCUAAUGCCUAAGAAGUGUUGCUAUCAUGACUUGCAUGUGGCUGUAACCGUUUUUUUCCUUACUUUUUUCUUAACUUCAGCGUAGUCUGUUUUAAGUAGCAAGUUUAGUUUCUCUGGCUCAUUUUCCUCGAUUUUGUUGACAGUAUUUUUUUCUCUUAGCACCACAUUUUCGAUACAUUAAGCCAGAAAGACGUAUACUUUUCACUAUUUUUGGCUUUUUGGAAUAUUUUUUUACUGUUCUUUUAUUGUUUUGCAUGCAAAAUCAAAUAGUUAAUUUCUGAAAACCAGGGCCAUUUUCUUAAAUUUUGUUAUUAAAACAGCUCUUAUCUGAUUGGUUCUCGUUGGUUUCUUUUGUGUUUUCAGCUAAUCAGAAACCAUUUGUAAUUUGCACUCGUGUUACAGGAGAACUAUCUCAGCCAAUCAGAACUGAGUAAUUUUUUCGUGUAUAUUAUUAAGAUGGAAAAACAAGGCUUAGCAGACAAGCUCUUAUCAUUUGCCGUAUGUUUUUCUCACAGCUACAUUUACUGGACGAACUGGGGCCAAGCGCCUUAUAUUGAACGUGCGAGACUGGACGGCACCGAAAGAAGAGCACUUGUCUACAAUGGUAUCAAGUUCCCAAACGGCCUAGCUGUUGACGAGUUAGACAAGAAACUUUUCUGGGCCGGGACAGACGACAAUAAACACGGAAUUAUCGAGGCUGUAUCUCUGGAUGGUUUAAACCGCAGCGUCAUAUUCUACGAACAGGGCUACCAUCCAUUUUGCUUGGAUACCUUUGAAGACUAUGUUUACUGGGCUGACUGGGGCGAAAUGCGAUUUUGCGCAUCAAAUCUCUCGGGGGUGAUGCAGAGGUGAUUAUUGACGGCUUAAACAAGCCAAUGGGAUUGAAAAUUCUUCACCCACGUGAAGCAAGGCCAGGUACGUAUUCUGAUACAUACAGUAGAAAGACGUUCAUCAUCUCUUGGGUUUUUUCUUUGUUUUCGUUACCUAUAAAAAUCUUCCUUAUUUAAAUUUCUUCUCUCUCAAAAGGAGGGAAGAGAGGGACUCCUAGCAAAGAGUUUGUAGCGGUUUUUCGUCGAGUAAUGCAGCAAUGUUGGGCUUUUCAAAACCUUCACUUUGUUUGAUUACACAAGUUCCAGAUGGCCUGGAGCUUUCGAGUAUUACGUUUAUUACUUCGUCUUUCCUUUGACGUAGGAUGUUGUUCAUUUUUCACUCUAGGCAAUUCUUGUGAUAAAAACAAUGGCGACUGUGAGUACCUUUGUCUAUCUAUCCUUCAAAAACAAAGAUGCUUUUUGCAAGGAGGGAAUGAAAUUAAAAGAAAAUGGAAAAAUUGUGAGAAAUACAAACUUCAAGGUAAGUCAUGCUUGUGACCAGUUCAUUGGAUUUCAAUAGUUUUUAUCGCUCUUAUACCGCAUGUCUUUACAUUACACCUAUUGCCUUCACUGCUUCGUGUCUGCUUAGUGGGUGGCGGUUUUUUUCCCCCACCUUUGCUGAAGAGAUAUUUAGUUUAUUAUAUAUUGGCAGAUCUUGAAAAUAAAGUUCGUCAGCUUUGGUGGCCAAAUUUUCUCCAACCAAAUCCGACUCUGUGUUUAUCUCCUCAGCAAACAAGUGCGCCGCCACGCAGAGCUCUUGGUCACGCAAUGCAAGGUUUUCAGCGUCCUUCUUACCGAAAAAAUGGCUUGAUAUAAAAGGACAAAUAGUCCGUGAAGGCAAAUCCAGUCAUAAAUCUGUCAAGGGAACGUUUUUGUAUAAUCCUUCCCCGUAAUUAAGUAUUCGACGAUAGUAUUGCGGUGUCGUGAGCACUGUCUUAGCGAUGCAAACGUAGAUAACGAGAUACCUUCGUAUUUUUCUUGAUAAUCUGAAAUUCAUCUAUUUGUUUCCCAUCUAAGGAGAGGAGAAGAAUGGUGAAUCAUUGGAUUUCAACACUCCAAUCUUCAUCAUAGUUAUGCUGCUGCUUACGUUCGUAGCUGUUUAUUUUGCAUUGAAGAAACGCCCCUCGUGCUCUAGACCCGCUGAUCCACCCCGGGUACCACGCGCGAAAAGGGCGAAUGAUAAGGGGGUCAUAGAUGAAGGAAUAGAGGAGGAGCUUCCCACAGACCAAACGGAACUUAUGGUUGCGGAAUCGCAACCAAAUAAUGAGUCACCUGAUUCAAACCAACAACUUUGUAGUUCUGAAGCAUCUGGAGUAUGCGCAUCGCCAGUGAAGGUGAGAUCGGCAAAAUAUUGCUUGUAACAGCAUAACCCUGUUGGUAUUAAACUAAAACCACUGCUAAAAGCAACAGCCCAUUUUACAGUUGCUGGUAGAGGCAAAGCUGGUGUUGACUUUGUCUUAUUAAAACCCGUCCUUUUUUCCUAUGUAAUUGUUGCCUUUUAUGUUAAAUAGUAGUAUCUAGGAGGUAUGUGUAAAAAUAAUGUUAAUCCCUCGCAUUCAUUCCUAGGCGUGUGGUUGCCAUGCGCACAACUGUUAAGUGGUCCAUUGGUUAAGAUCCGUACUUUUUAGGAAUUGUUUCGGGAAGACAAGAUGAAUACUACAACAAAAACGAAGGAAAUUGUAGGCUUCUAAAAAUACUUUUCUUUUUUAAGUACUUUUCAGAACUUGAUCAGUGAAUUUAUCAGUAGAAAAUAGUUAUGUACAGUUGUCAAUUACAAAGUAACUUUAAUUUAACACAUUUGCGUAGCGAGCAAAAACUAACUCUUGCAACUUUUUUCUUUAAUGUUGAGUUAUCUGCUUUCUAUUUUAAAAUUAAAUCCUGCUACUUAAGAGAAAUUAUUUACGAUAACUCUUAGACCGUGUUCUAGUGUCGUAAAUUUUCCGGCUUCAGUCAAAGAAAAAGAAAUUGUUGCACUUCAGGACAAAUUAUAUAGAUGUGUUCUGACCAUAAUAAUAACAUUUUUUCCUUUGGUUACAGAGAGAUGUAGUGGUUCACAUGCACAUGAACACGGUGACCAUGAACACAGUGAACACAAUGAACAUGAAUAUGAAUACAACCAAUAACGUGGAACUUCAACAAAGUGGCGGAGUGACUGUCGUAGGAGACGAGGCGAAAAUCAAUUAUCAUCAGCCUUCUCAAAGUUGAAGUAAUACUUCUACGAAAACUGCCUCUCAUUAUUGAGAGUCAAAACGCCUUAAUACGGAGGAUCAAAGGGACAGCCCAACUAUCCGCAUCACGGAGCUGUCCCUGAUUACAGGAGGACAGAUUGAAUGAAGUUUGGUAUCCUCGGAGCACACAACGAGAACUGUACGUAAAAACAGGGUCCUUAAUAUUAGAGAGCUCUAAGUGUGGGAGGAGAGGGGGUUCCAAUGUUAAAGCUACAACUGAUAAGUUUGAUUCGAUGCGUACUUUUUCAGAAAAGGUAGUGAAAAGUCCUCUCCUGCUGUUUACAGAAUCGCAUGAGUACCCACCUAUUCUGUAUUUCCGGUACUUGCUUGGUCGAUAUUUUCCGUCCUUGGGGAAUUCCCAUAUAUGGGCUCAGUAUAUGAGGAUGUGCCACUCAACAGGGUAUGCUGUUAUUGCCCCUCUCCCUAUUAUAGACGUAGAGAGAUUAUAAAGCUUGGCGAGUGUUUCUCGAACGUGAUAUCUGAUACAUGUGGAUAAGAAGUAACAGCGGAAGAAACUUUUUGGGGGUGCAGACGAAAACAGAUACGUUUGCGCGAGAAUCGUUGGUUUCACAUGACGUCACUAAAAUUCAAACUAGAAAACUAUCGAUCUCACCAAGAUUUUACUUUCACGGUGUAUUAGGGCAGCUGAAAACUAAUUUUCAUACAAAUUUUCGCUUCAAAAGGGUUCUUGCUUUUGUGAUAGAGUACGUGCGUGACGCGGGAUUUACAUGACGGCCAGGAGAGUUGUCAUGUAGAUUAAAAAAAUUACUUAUUUCCGGGAAUUUUGCUAUCUAAACAGUUUAUGUAUUAGAAAAAGUAUUACUUUUAUGUUUAUGAUUUCCUCGAAGAAUGGUUUCACGUUUUUGUAGCAAAACUCGGUAACAGAUUUUUCUGUUGGUUUCCGUCCGCCAUGUUGGUGAUCAUCCGGAUGAGUACCAGCAUGGUGUCUCCAUACAAAUCUCUAUAAAUUUGGGAAAAACAUUUCUUCGGAUAUCUCGUAUUCAAAAUAUUCCUCUGACCUGAAUUUUGGCGAGGGUCUUUGCAUACUUACCUCCUUUCAUUUCCCAGAUUCUGGACUUUAUCUAUUGAACGGUCUUCAUUUUUAUUUGGAUCUAUUUUGAAUGGCGUGACACUGAAAACCAGCUAUAAGUGAUGCGUUUUAUAGUCAAC